CGUUAUCCUUCACGCUGACAUCCUCCCAGUCAUUGGCUGGCACGUGAUCAAACUCGUGUACGUGAUUGGUUCCUGUUGGGCUCCUGGUGCGACGUCACUCUCGGCGGUGGCCAUUGCAGUGUCCCGGCAAGUGAGGUUGGAGGUCGGAGAACGGGCAGUUCCUAAUCAUGGCGGGUCGAAGAGCUGCAAUCAAGGCUGUGGACUGGUUGGCGUUUGUAGAAAGAGUUCCUCCUAACCAGAAGGCAAUGUUCAAUGCACUGAAGACUCGCAGUGAUUCCAUAGCUGCAAAGUUGACCUCUCUCCCAGACAAGCCUCCUGCCAUUGAUUGGGCUUUGUAUCGUUCUGCAAUAGCCAAGGCGGGCUUAGUGGAUGAGUUUGAGACAAAGUUCAAGGCCGUUACUGUCCCAGAGCCAAAGGACACCCUGACUGAUAAGAUUAAUGCACAGGAGCAAGAAGCUAAUAAAGCCGCUCUAGCCUAUAUUGAAGAAUCCAAAGCCAGGGUGGGACAGUAUGAGAAAGAGCUGGUAAAGUUUAGCAACAUGAUUCCCUUCGACCAGAUGACCAUUGAAGAUGUAAAUGAAGCUUUCCCAGAGACCAAGCUUGAUAAAGAGAAGCAUGUCUACUGGCCACACAAGCCCAUCUCUGAGUUAUAAACUGUACUGUUUAUCUAUCUAUACUAGAAGUCAAUAAAUCCUGUUGUAAUGUA